AUGCAAACUGCUUCUACAGAAAUUUGUGAAAGAAUAGUGCAAUAAGUCCAUCUGUGAAAUUUCCUUGUUACUAAAUAUUCCACAGUCAACUAUUAGUGGUAUUAUUAAGUGGAAGCAACUGGGAACAACAGUAACUCAGCCAUGAAGUAGUAGGUCAUGUAAAAUGACAGAGCGGGGUCAGCGCAUGCUGAAGCACACAGUGCGCAAAAGUCGCCAACUGUCUGCAGAGUCAAUAGCUAAAGACCUCCAAACUUCAUGUGGCCUUCGGAUUAGCACAACAACAGUGCAUAGAGAGCUUCAUGGAAUGGAUUUCCAUUGCCAAGCAGCUGCAUCCAAACCUUACAUACAGUAACCAAGUGCAAUGCAAAGCGUUGGAUGCAGUGGUGUAAAGCA